CCUCGCAUCUUCCCCCCCCCCAAAUCGCACUCGUAUCCGCAUCGCCAGCGCCGUCCGCUGCCCGCACGUCCACCCUCAAUCGUUUUCAUCCUCGUCCCCCACUUCCAAUCCUGCCGCCAAAACCUCAUCUCAAGCGACGCCUUCCCAACGACAUGUUUGCGUUCGAAGGCGACUUCAAAUCCCGGCGGAACAUCAACCUCGGCGGUCACAAUACCCGGCAGGACAAGAGCGCUCUGCUUCGCAAAGCCCAGCUUGAACGGGAACAGCGAGAGGCCGAGCGACUCAGACAGAAAUCCGCAUCUCUCAUCCAGGCCGUGUGGAGAAGCUAUUGCGUCCGAGCCCGAGCCAAGAACGCCGAGCGAGCCAUCUGGGACCGGAUCGCUGGAGUCUCCAAUCCCUGCGACGAAUCUGUGCUGCAGCUCGGCAAGCGAUUGCUGUUCUUCUUUGAUUCCGCAACAGAUGCGCAACGGCUGUUGCUGUUUCUAAGAGUCAUCGUCGAGGCUGGUGCAGGCGGACAACCCCGAUGCACAGAGAUCCUGACCAAGCAGGAGCUGGCUGGGGCAUGGCUCCAUCAGUUGUCCCGGCUCGUCGAGGUGGUGGUCGUCCUGCUCAAGCCAACCACGAAUGCGAAUGUGCUUUGCAGCGAACAUAUCCUGUUCCUCGAGACCAUUUCCGAUCCGCAGAGCUUUGUUGGCAUCCCAAACGGCAGUAUCAGUCUGAGCACACUCUUUCGGACAAUGCUCCGCAUCAACUUGUAUGCAACUGCCGGCCUGUACAUCCGCUGCCAGAUGGACCUCCCGGAUCCCCAACGCUCGCCCCACACGUCGUCGUUGCUCCAGCUCCUGCUCGAUCUCUACCGACACGCGCCGGAUCGGGACGUGGCCCGACAGAUUCUCUCGCUUCUCAUCUCGCAAGUCCUGACGCUUCCCUUGGUCUUCCAGCGAAUGAGUAGCAGCGACCGGUCCCGAUUUAUUGGCAUGCUGGCCCUCGAUGAACUGUUCGAAACCAUACUUGCACAGCUUGCGAGCCAGCCCGAGUCUUUAUCCCUCGCCGAUGCCACCAACCUGCUUGUCAGCAUCAUGGCCAUUGGCAAGGAUCAGCUCCAAGGCGCCCCGCUCUCGAGUCAGAUACUAUAUUUCCGAGCCCUCAAAUCCGCACUGCUGAGGCUGCCGAGAGGAUACCUCGCCAUCACGGAGGGAUCAGAACCAGACGACAGCGACAGCGAUAGUGAAAGCGAUGACCCGUCCUCCGGCCGUCGCAACCAGCUAGGCACAGUGGAUCCCGCACUUCAUCCGCACAUUUCUCAGCUCAUCCACCCGGGCUUUCUGUCGAUCUUGUCGACCCACCUGGGAUCGGCUACGCUGUCGGCCGAAGUCAUCAGCGAACUUUGCGCCCUUGUCUGUGUCCUGAUCUUCCAGUUUCGAAACAAAAAGUUCCGGAUCGUCAACGCCUUCUUGUACAACGGAAGCAGCAUUCUCCGGAAUCUCUUGACUUUUGUCAUGGGCACGACCAUUUCCCGCAAGAUCGACGAAACAGCCUCCCUUCAGUACGCUGAUGUCGUCGACCCGACUCGGGCGCAAGACUGGGCGGUGCUCCUUUUCUUUGCCGAGACACUUAGUCAAGCCAUUAUCAUCAUGGGCGAUGAUGAGUUCUACGACGAUCGCAAUCCCGUCAAAUCGCACGUGCCGAACAUUAUCAACAUCUUCAAGCACUGCGCAUUUACGAUCUAUUGGAAUGGUGCCUCCGAGCCCGACGGCUACAUUGACGGCAUGGCUGUUCCCAUCAAGUGGAUGAACGAGGCCUUCAAACUGCUGCUGCACCAGAUUUAUGCCCGCCACUCACGACGCGAGUCCCGCCUUCCCGAAGUCUGGCUGAUCUCAUCCGAUCUGGACACCAACCUGUUCAUGCAGCAGGCUGUGCUUGAGGAUGUCAACGCCGAGGAGCCCGCGACGCUCUCGCAGCUCAAGAUGGUUCGCCCGUAUCAGGCCGUCCUGAGCAACAUACCCUUUGUGAUUCCUUUCGAGGCUCGGGUGGCAAUAUUCCGGGAGUGCAUCAACCUGGAUCGAAGGAGAGUUGUUGGAGAGCUUGGAUGGAUCGCGCCCGCGGCCCAGAUCAAGAUCCACCGAAGCUCAGUGUUUGAAGAUGGAUUCAAGUAUCUCCAUCCUCUGGGCCCUAAUCUGAAGAAGCGAGUGGCCAUCUCGUUUGUUAGCGAGCAUGGACUCGACGAAGCAGGCAUUGACGGCGGAGGUGUUUUCAAGGAGUUCCUGACAGCACUAUCGAAACAGGUGUUUGACGACAGCUACGGGCUCUUCAUGACGACAUCCAAGCAUCUGCUCUAUCCAACCCCCUGCGUCUUCCGCGCCGAUCCACAACGGCUCGCCUACUACGAGUUCGUUGGUCGGAUCCUUGGCAAAGCGCUCUACGACGGCAUUCUCCUUGAUGUAGGCUUUGCUGGAUUCUUCCUGUCCAAGUGGCUGGGUCGACAGAGCUACCUGGAUGAUCUGGCCUCGCUCGAUUCGGAACUGUACUCGGGACUGGUGAUGCUUAAGGACUAUCCCAAGGAUGUCGAGAAGGACCUUGGCCUGUACUUUUCGAUCAACGUCAAAGCGGAAACGGGAGAGAUCGUCACAAUCGACCUCGCCAAAGACGGGUCCGCUAUCCCAGUGACCAACGAGAACCGGCACCGAUACAUCUACAUGGUGUCGGACUACAAACUCAACAAGCAGUUGGACCAGCAGUGCCAGGCGUUCUUCAGAGGACUGUCGACGCUGAUCGAGCCGCGGUGGCUGAGGAUGUUCAAUCAGCAAGAGCUACAGAUUCUGCUCGGCGGUGCCAGCACUCCAAUCGACAUUGACGACCUGCGCAACAACACCACCUAUGGCGGCGACUUUCACGAGCUCCACCCGACAAUCCGGCACUUUUGGAAGGUUGUUGAAGGCUUCGACAACGAGCAGCGCCGCAAGCUGAUCAAGUUUGCGACGAGCUGUCCUCGGCCACCACUGCUUGGUUUCAAGGAGCUAUCGCCCGGAUUCAACAUUCGAUCGGCCGAAUACGACAAUGAGCGGCUGCCAACGGCUUCGACCUGUGUCAAUCUGCUCAAGAUGCCUCCGUAUACCAGCGAGGAGAUUCUGCGAAGCAAGCUGCUCUACGCUAUCAAUGCCGAGGCGGGCUUUGAUUUAUCAUAGUGUAGCUGCAGCCCCGGUCAUGAUGGAUGAGGAAUACCAUCGGGACAGUUGAUCUAUUCCCCGAACAUCCAGUUGUGGUUGGCUACAUAGCAACGACAAAAUAGUUGCGAGUCAACAUAGCAAAGAAGGCGGAAGACGAGGAGGAAAGGGGAGGAGGAGGAAGAAAAUGAGGAGGAAAGGGGGGGGGAGAGGUGUGGAGCAAUAUGAGCAGGAGGCAGGAGUGUCAGCACCAGGAGCAGUAUGAUAUGAGGAUAGAGGCGUAUUGG